ACAGUAGUACCAGAAUGCUGCUCGCUUUUAGCGAAUGUUAUGUAAGAGCUCAGUGAUUUUCAUGAAUCAGUUGUGAGCUACUUUGCUGUGAAAAAAAAAAAAAAAAAACCCAGCAGUGCUUCUCGGAUUUCACAUGGCAUUUAGGUUUUGUUGGGUCAAACGCAUGAGAAAUUGAAAUUGGCUACUUGCUAGAAGCAGAGGGGGUCACGUAUUGAGAAGGAAGAAUAACAUGAGUUGCAGUAGAGAGAGAAGCGUUGUGAUGUGUGCUGCAGUGGAACCCAGGACUGCUAUGACCUGUGACCUCUGAAGACACACGUGGAAGAAGAGAGACAACUUUUUACAAACUUCAGAAAGACCCUGCCGCCAACAACAACAAGACCAAAGAAAAGACAAUGGAAUAAAUGAAUCUCCAGCAUGGACGUGGAAUUAAGGAUACCUCAGUCAAGAAGCAGGGACCCUGGAUGUUGAUCCUACUCUGAUAAUCUUUCUCCCUGUGGAAUCUGUGCUGAUAAUGCACUAACCCAAUGCUCAGCAGAGAUAUGGUGAGGAAAAAGAACCCCCCUUUGAGAAGCUUCGGCGGUGAGGAAGAAGGAGAAGGUGAGGCUCUGGCCGCGGAGGCCACCGGGCCAGAUAGCGAGGACAGUGCCGGGAGCCGGGCCUCAGAGCCCAACGGUGCCGACGGGCUGCUGCCGGCCGAACUAGGUCGGGCCCACGUGCCAGUCCCAGACGAGCAGGAGGACUCCUCUUCCUCCCCGGGCUCCGUCUCAGGCUCCAUCAAACGGGACGGAGGAGGGAGGGGCGGCGGAGGAGUGGGAACAGCGACGACAGUAAACACCGACAGGCCUGUCUUUAAUUACCCCAGCCACAAGAAGGGAGGAAAUGUAGCGUCCUUCCCCUGCCACGAGGUGACAGACUCAGAUCUGCCGGCGCUCCCAUCCUGGGCCGGGCCCGACGGGGCUGUGUCUCUGUCUCCUCUCAGAUCAGAACCAGAUGAGGGGGACGGGAGACAGGCACGCAGCCCGGCGGGGGAGCUGCUGCUGGGGAAGGUCGGGGAGAGAGGAGGGGGAGAAAGGGUGGGUGUCAGGGAGGGGUUGCUGCUGGGCGCCCGAGGGAGGGGUGUCAUCGUCCAGGGCGUCACCAGUAACGGGGAGGACAAGGACACCUCCUACAGCCCCACAGGGGGGACUUCAGUCCACCAGGGUGGGGUGGAGGGCUCUGGAUACCCCUUGCUACGCCCCCUCCACCCACAUAGGGGGGCAGGCGAGGGGGCCGGGGACAUCACACCCAGCCCCCUGGGGGCCGAGACAGGGGUAGCCCCACCCUGCUCUCCCAAACUGCAGGACUUCAAGUGCAACAUCUGUGGGUACGGUUACUACGGGAACGACCCCACGGACUUGGUUAAGCACUAUCGGAAGUACCAUCUGGGCCUGCACAACCGCACACGGCAGGACGCAGAGCUGGACACUAAGAUACUGGCCCUGCACAACAUGGUGGGCUUCUCCUCACAGAGCCAACACGCCAAAGACACUACACGGCCCCCGUCCUACACCGCCCUGACCGGGGCGCCACAGGACUCUACAGGGUCACCACGCAUGUUACUUAACGGCACCUAUGACGUACAGGUGACGCUGGGAGACACCUUCAUCGGCAUCGGGAGGAAGACUCCGGACUGUCAGGGAAACACCAAAUACUUCCGCUGCAAGUUCUGUAACUUCACCUACAUGGGAAGCUCCUCAGUGGAGCUGGAGCAACACUUCUUGUCUGCCCACCCCAACAAGAUGAAAUCCCAGCCCCCGCCACUGCCGAACGACGACAAGCUCUCGGAAGGGAAGGGGAACUAUGUGACACGGGGUGGUGGCGUGGAGGGGGCGGAACCGGGAAAGUGGGAGAACCGGGUGGCGGUCCGUGCGGAGGACGACUCGGUGGCUGGCUACUCCGUCCCCAUCCACACCACAGACUCGCCGGGCUGGACGGGGGCUGACGGCGGGGCCACAGACUCACCUGGCUGGACGGGGGCCGACGGCAGGUCCACAGACUCACCUGGCUGGACGGGGGCCGACGGCAGGUCCACAGACUCACCUGGCUGGACGGGGGCCGACGGCGGCUCCACAGCGGUGGCCUAUUACUGGUGUAAGUACUGCAACUUCAGCUGUGAGUCGCCCAGCUCACAUCGCCUGCUGGAGCAUUAUGAGAGGAGACACAGACAACCUGGAGGAGGAAGAGGGGGGACCAGGGAGGGCAGCCCAGCCAAGAGGGAGCGAAGGAGCAGCAAAUCCAGGGACGGAGAGAGAGACCCCCACAGCCGGAGGAAAGACAAGACAGGAACGAGUGGCUCGAUGGGCGCAACGGACCCGGAGACGGUGGUGACCAGCUACAACUGCCAGUUCUGUGACUUCCGCUACUCCAUGAACCACGGGCCUGAGGUUAUUGUGGUGGCGCCUCUGCUCCGCCACUACCAGCAGGCCCACAGCAUCCACAAAUGCACCAUCAAGCACUGCCCGUUCUGCCCGCGUGGCCUCUGCAGCCCUGAGAAGCACCUGGGGGAGAUCUCCUUCCCAUUUGCUUGCAGGAAGAGCGCAUGCUCCCACUGCGUCCUCCUUUUCCUCCAGCUGUCCCCCCAGGGUCGCUCCCCAACUCCCAGUCCCAGCGUCACCCACCUGUGUGACCAGUGUCCCUACGCCACCAGCGACAUCGACCUGCUUCUGCUGCACUACGACAGUGCCCAUGCCACCCACGGCGUGCUGGAGGUCAAGCCCGAGCAGGAGGGAGCUGAGACGGGGAGGUACUCGGCCCCUAAGGGCCCUCACGGGGAGCACUCAUGCACCAAGUGCCAUUUCAUCACAGAUGUGGAGGAGGAGAUCUUCCGUCACUACAGGAGAGUCCACGGCUGUUGUCGGUGCCGCCACUGCAGCUUCACCGCCUCCGACACCUUGUCACUGCUGGAUCACUUCAACACGGCCCACUGCAAAGAGACCUCCGCCUCCUCCGCCACCACCAACGGCUGCUCCGCCACAACCCCCUCCACCCUCAGCAUCAAGGAGGAGAGCAAGGGCGACCUCAAGCUCUACAGCCUGGUUCCCCCAGAGAGCCGCGCCGCCGAGGCAGGGCCCGGGGCCGAAGGGGUGAAGAGCGAGGCCCUGGACGAGAAGGAGGCCCAGGGGUCCAAGGGCUGGAUGGAGGCCAGAGAGGCCCAGGUCCAAGCCCACGCAGCAGGCCUUGUGUGGGUGCCUAAGGAGCGGGCCAGGGACAUCCUGAGGGGUAGUCCGGCCCAGUUCCCCCAGGGCGCCCUGAGUCUACUCAACGCUGUGGCUGCCUCCCAGGAGCACCACCACCAGCAGCAGAAGGGGGUUUCAGUGGUGCUCAGGGACUCCCCAGGCCUGGUGUUCAGUCUGGGGGGAGUCGACACCAAGGCCUUCCUUCCAGGACAGACUCCUGGUGGGGCCGACAAACCUGGGCAUCUGGCGCAGCAGUACUCCUCACCCACCGAUGGCAAGGCCAAGGAGGAGUCCCAGUCACUCUUACGGAGACGUCGAGGCUCGGGGGUGUUCUGUGCCAACUGUCUCACCACUAAGACCUCUCUGUGGAGGAAGAAUGCCAACGGGGGAUAUGUGUGCAACGCCUGUGGCCUCUAUCAGAAGCUCCAUUCGACUCCCCGGCCGCUGAACAUCAUCAAGCAGAACAAUGGUGAGCAGAUCAUCCGCCGGCGCACGCGGAAGCGCCUCAACCCCGACCCUCUGCCCUCCGAACCCGUGGGCUCCAAGCAGCGGAGGGUCAGCAGUGAGGAACGCCUCAACCCCGACCCUCUGCCCUCCGAACCCGUGGGCUCCAAGCAGCGGAGGGUCAGCAGCGAGGAACGCCUCAAUGGCAGUCCCCUGGAGCGCCGGCCAGGAGAGGAUGGGCCAGGCUCGGAAGGAGUGCCCUACGAGGCCUGCGGGUCCUCUGGGUUCAAGGGUCACCCCAGUCCCCGCUCCACCCACUCCUUCCUAGUUAGCCAAACCCUGGAGAUUCACAAGCGAAUGCCUCCUUUGCACAUACACAACAAGAACCCUGCAGAGGGGGGGGCGGAGGGGAACGGGGUGGGCUCGGCUGGGGUCCAUCACACGGGCUUGGAGGGGAAGGGUAGCUUGUCCUCCGAGAGGGGUAGCCCCAUCGAGAAGUACAUGCGUCCCUCCAAACAGGCCAGCUACUCGCCACCGGGCAGCCCCAUCGAGAAGUACCAGUACCCGUUCUUCAGCCUGCCCUUCAUCCACAAUGACCUGCAGAGCGAGUCCGACUGGAUGCGCUUCUGGACUAAGUACAAGAUGUCUGUUCCUGGCAACCCACAGUACCUAGGCCACAUGUCUGGUCUGCCCAACCCUUGCCAAAGCUUUGUGCCUUACCACACCUUUAGCCUGCCCUCACACUUCCCUCUCCCGCCCUCCGCCGGCCCCGAAAGUGACAUCCCUCUCGACCUGGCCAUCAAACAUUCCAAACCGUCCGCCAACGGCUCCACCGCCUCUGCCUUUACCGUCAAGGAGAGGAGUAGCGGCGCCUUGCCCACGGUCACGGCGGGGAAGGAGGAUGAGAAGCAUAGAGAGCAGCAGGAGAGAAGAGAGGAGAAAGUAGACGAGGGGGCAUCCCCCCAGCCUUCUCCUCCCCCAGACGUUGCAGCCAAGCCGGAGAGGGUGGACCAGGGCACUCAGGAUGAGCUGACCAGUAAGGAGAGGGUGGACCAGGGCACUCAGGAUGAGCUGACCAGUAAGGAGAGGGUGGACCAGGGCACUCAGGAUGAGCUGACCAGUAAGGAGAGGGUGGACCAGGGCACUCAGGAUGAGCUGACCAGUAAGGAGAGGGUGGACCAGGGCACUCAGGAUGAGCUGACCAGUAAGGAGAGGGUGGACCAGGGCACUCAGGAUGAGCUGACCAGUAAGGAGAGGGUGGACCAGGGCACUCAGAAUGAGCUGACCAGUAAGGAGAGGGUGGACCAGGGCACUCAGGACGAGCUGACCAGUAAGGAGAGGGUGGACCAGGGCACUCAGGAUGAGCUGACCAGUAAGUGUGUCCACUGUGGCAUCCUCUUCCUGGAUGAGGUUAUGCACGCCCUGCACAUGAGCUGCCAUGCUGACGGAGGGCCCUUCCAGUGCAGCAUCUGCCUGCAUGCCUGCGCAGACAAGUACGACUUCACCACACACAUACAGAGAGGGCUUCACCUGCCCACCGUCGAGGCUGAGGCCGAUGCUGAGGCCGAUGCUGAGGCCGAUGCUGUGGCAGAUGCUGAGGCCGAUGCUGGGGCCGAUGCUGAGGCUGAUGCUCCAAAGGAUUGUGUGUGAUUUUGGUGCAUUACAGACUUGGACCUUAAACACAGGCAUAGCAGUAUGAAAAAGAACAAAAUAAACGGACUAAAGCGUACUGUAAUGAUUGAAUGAGAAGAAGACUUUUUGCUCAACGUGCCAUGAUAGCUUCUGUAGGGAACUCAUAUCAUCUAAACAUUUAUAUUGGACAUAAUACAGAACAAGCGAUUGGCUGUUUCCUUUUUCUUCUUUUGUAAAGGAAAACGCUUUUGAAGAAAGUGGUACUACAAAUAGACGCUUAUUUUUAGUUUUUUUGUUGCUAUUGUUUAUUUUUUUAUUCGGAAGUGUUACUUUGACAAGGCAGUUCGGCGAACAACAAGGUACAUCUGCACGGGCUGAAUGUUCUCUUACCUGGUUGGUUCAAUGUUCCAAACGGAAUGAGGAAGUGGGGAAACAUUAGUCGUCUGUCAUAAUCUCCUUCACAGUGGAUGGGCAGAGCGAUGACUAGUGAUUGGACCGUCCUCAAAUAAACGUCCUCAGGGAACGUGGCUGAGUCAAACAACAUAUCCUACAGUGCUUUCAGUUGUAUCGGUCUCCACUUAACAUCCAACUAAGUGUCUAUGUUUUAAUGUAUUUUAGUUAUAGAUACUGUUUGUUCGUUUUUUUGUUUUUUUGGGGGGGGGACUAUUGUCACAGAACUUCCUCUAGACAUUUUAAGCUGCUGCCUUAGUUGCUAGGAUACAAACCUUAUAUCACUAAAGACAUUUGGGAAGGAAGAAAAAUGCAAAAAGCAAUAUUUUUUCUAAGUUGUUAACAUGAAAAAUUCAUAAUAUCAGUGCCUGAUAUAUUGAACAAAGUAUUUUCUACCUGGUAUGUUGAUAUGCAACAUUGACUUUGCAUUGAGUAAAGGGCCAUGAGCUUCACUCUGUAAAACUGUUUACAUUUGCAAAUGUAGCAAACAAGGUAAUGAAGCAAAAUUCCUGCAAUUCAGAGUAUUUUUCUCUCAUGUGGACAGGACAGGACGAUCACGAAACAAAACAGAGGCCUUUUGUCAGAAGGUUGAAUGGGAGAUGAAAUGCAGUCAAAUGAUUUGUUCUGUUUGUUUGAAUGGCACAGAGGCACUAUCCAUUCCAUGUCUUUCUUUGUGUGCUCCUGCUCGUACACUUUGAAAUGCUUUAUUGUCUAUACAGAUGCCCUGUAUUGGACUUUGUUCAUCCUGUAUGUUUUUUUUAAGAGAAGCUGAUAUACUGUAGCUUGGUUAUAAGAAUUGUUCUGUGAGCUUUACAGCUUUGAGCAUCAUAGGUUUACACAAGGCCCUAUUUUUUUGU